AUCCCUGGGCUGUGACGUCACGAAAACUAAAAGUGAUCUCCAUCCGCAUCCCGGGGAAAAGCGAGGAAAAUGGGGAGAAGCUUCGAAAGGAGAAAUCAUUAAAUAGUCUCUCAAGUCCCUCGCAAGAAAAUUCGUUGUCGCGUGAUUCACAGCUGUUCGACGAUGUAGUUUUGAGUUGCAGUGCGUGGUAGAUGCCGUGCUGUAGAUGAUUGCGUCGAUCUGAUGACGCCGUGGAAGAUGUAGAGGAAGCUAAAGCGGAAGGUGUCAUGGGUGCUUACGCUGGCUCGGUGGUCUCAAGCGGUGUUCUGUUUUCUAUCCAGGUGUUACUAUGUGCGUUGACUAUGCCGACAUGUUACUGCGUAGAGAUCGGUGUUCUCUUGAAGCAGGACCAUUUGAACGUGCGACGAGAGUUCGACCGCUCCACAGCAUUCUUCAAUGCAAGUUCCGACGCCAAACGUCUAGCUAUCUCCAUCAAGACACACUUUGGACAGAUCCAAGAUAACGACCUUUUCAGCACUGCACGCGAACUUUGCAAACAACUGGAUACCGGCGUGACGACAGUCGUCCUCCCCAGCGACGGCUUGUCUUCAGAAGCCCUGUGGUCCCUCUUUGGCAACACGAACGUUCCUCGCAUCAGCACAUCCGUUCAGCAUCGUUGUGGUCCUGCUGACGAAGAGAGCACUGAGGAAGGAGAGUGGCUGAAUACAAAUGUCACUUUGAAUCCGCUCGAACCAACGGGCGACGCAGAUGAAGAGCAAAAAGAGCAAAUUCCGUUUGGUGUCUCCAUGGUGGUGGACUUGACGCCCGCUGUCCUGGACUUGGCCAAGUACUUCAACUUCCACUCGCUCAUCUUCUUUUAUGAGUCGGAACACGGACAUGUACAACUCCAGAGGUUGACGAGUUCGAACAACCAUAAGAUCACGUUCAGAUACGCCAGGAGGAUUUCUGCGGCGUCCGAAGCCAAGACAUUGCUACGGGAGAUCGACGAGGAUGACCCACACGGGCGUAAGCUUGUAGUCCUCGACUGCCACUUCCAAGUCGCCAAGGAAAUCAUCAUUUCGCACGUGCGGGAUCUCUUUAUGGGAAGACGCACCUACCACUACGUGCUGCUUAAUCCUGUUGUUAGCGAGAAGUACUUCGACGGAUUUCCAGAGCUGGCUGCGUUAAAUGUGACGGCGUUUCGGUUUCAUUCUGAUCAGGACGAAGGACUCAGAAGUGUCUUCAUUAAAAUGACAGCUGAAGAAGCUGCGCUCGUCGAUGCAUCAUCGUUAGUAAGCGACGCCUACAGGGCCCUUCGAUUUGAUCCGCCACCGAAGAACUCGGACUUGUUCGAGCAACGCGUAAGGCCCAAAAGCUUCCGAGGUGACUCUUGCGGCAAAGUAUCCUACCUGACCAAGAAGCAAGGGCGAGUGAUAGACACGUACCUCAAGAAGGUCACGUUCGAAGGGAAAACAGGAAGAGUUCAAUUUGAUUCUAUGGGCUGUAGAGUAAACUUCACUGUGGAUGUUAUACAGGUCAACAGGAAACGGCAGUGGAAACAGAUCGGACAGUGGACAGAAAAGGCCGGAUUCGUACCUACACCGUCAAGACGCAUUGUCGACGUCGACGUGAACGUCACAGCCGACAAUGACAUAGUCUACAAGGUGACCACGAUAUUGGAAGACCCCUACCUAAUGUUGAAGAGCACGUCUUCACUAGAUGACGUGCUCCAGGCUAACGCUUCCUACGAAGGAUUUUGCUUGGACCUAAUAGAAGCUAUCAGUCGCCUUACUGGAAUCAAGUAUCAACUGCAGCUGGUGAAAGACGACCACUAUGGCAGCUUAUCUGUGAGCGGCUGGAAUGGGAUGAUUGGAGAAGUGGAGCGCGGGGAUGCCGACAUAGCUCUGGGAGGUCUUACCAUAACAAGUGCCAGGAAGAACGUGGUGGACUUUACCCAUCCAUUCCUGGCAACAGACAUCGCGGCCCUGUCCAAGAGGCCACCGUCCCUGCUGAAAAAGGGCGCAGGAAUGCUUACAUUUGCGUCUCCUUUCCACUUGGAGCUGUGGAUAGGCAUGGGCUCUUCGCUGGGAGCCGUAAUAUUAUUUCUCUUCAUCUUCGGCAUAUCGGUGAUGAAGCGAGACCACUGUUGUCAUGAACCAUCUGAAGGUGACCAAGGAGGGUCAGCAAUGCUGAAGACAUUCUGCGAAAGUCUGGAAGUGGUGACGCCACAUGCGUCAACUUCAUUUCUCGCCAGAACAAUCGCUGGACGCAUCCUGAGCAGUACCUGGUGGAUGUUCAUCGUAUUUGUGUUCUCCGCAUACACAGUCUACCUGGCACCUUUCCUAGUUCUUCACGAUUCUUCUCUUCAAGACAAAACAAUUAUUCACUCUUUCGAGGACCUGUCCUUGCAGCACGAAGUCAGGUUCGGAACGUUGCAACACGGUAGUAUCCAGGAAUAUUUCGAAGAGUCGACGUAUCGCACAAAUAAACGAAUGUGGGAAGCCAUGAAAGCAGACCGUAGCGUCCUUGUCGCGAACCGCCAGGAAGGUGUCCAAAGGGUCAGGGACUCCUCCGGCAAAUAUGUCUUCCUCACCGAGUCACUCUUCGCGGAGUACAUCAAUGGCCGUCGUCCUUGCGAUACCUGGACAUUGGGCGAAAGUUUCAGCACGCAAUUCUUCGCCCUCGCCGUGCGGCUCGGAUCGCCCCUCAGGAACGUAUUGAAUGAGGCCAUCACGAACCUUUCUGAAAACGGUGAAAUCGAGGAGAUGAAGAAGAAGUGGUGGACAUCGGAGUGUGAAAAACCGCCAGAAGACAUUCCUCUGAACGCCGAGGUCUUCUACCCACUGCUCUUCCUCCUGGGCUGCGUCACCGCGGUGGGCAUCACCAUUGCAUUCUUCGAAAUCAUAUCGCGUGCUUGUGUCAAGUGCCAAAGAGUCAAAGUAGCGCAAGGCCCACCAACAGUCAACGUCUCGUACGAGAGAGACGUCCCGUUGAAAACCAUCGCUUAACCGUGCACCUACGUUAACCCGUUUAUUACGUUUUUUUUAAGUUUAUAACGAAUCUUAUGCCCGCUUAUUACGAACCUGCAUCGGCGUUCCAUCUUCUUCCUUCUACGAGUGCGCUCGAGUCACGAGUCUUCUGCUUGCCUUCCCGUCCAAAUACGUAUAGAAAAUUCCUGGACAGAAAAUCGAAGCUUUCAGUUUAGAUCGUAAAGUACGCAUUGAAAGGACAAACUACAGACGUAGCCGAUGGAACAAGUACGCGUCAAGACGUUCCCUUGCAGAGCACGCAUGCUUGGUGACGUGUGCUUUCCUGUCUGACUGCGUGUAUUUAAGCUUUACUGCUGUCUCCCUUGCUCUUACAUUAGGAUGAAAUUUAGUUACAUAUUUAUCGGAAGCAAAGCGUCGUGUAUUAUGCCUAGGGAUCCGCGUUUUCGGCACUUAUUCCUGAGGAGAUUCGGCGGGUGUUUUUCGGCGUUUUUCGGCAAAUGCCGAAAAUGCGGAACCCUAAAUUAUACCGCACAUGUACGAGGGUCGUUCGAGGUUGACCUGGAUUGAUGUAUUGUGCAAGAGAAACUAUUGAAGCUAUGGCUUUUUUCUUCAAAUGCUCCCUCAUAAUGGCAGCGCACUUGUCCCAUGUCCCUGGGAGGUCUCUGGGACGUCUCCUUAUACCAACCAUAGAGAGGGAGUGGGAUUGCUUGUGAAGUCACUGCAAGACACACCCGCAUAAUGGCACGGCGCUUCUAUCACAGACGACACAACGAGUAUACCGUGCUUACCAUCCUAAUGUGAACGAAUCCACUAACAGCGUUGAAUCCGUAAAUAUAAACCCCAUACGCUUCGCGGCGACCGCUGUACCCGAUGUAGAGCUGCGAAAGUCAACCUCGGACCACCCCCGUAUAAUAUGAUGUUACAUGAGCAGUGGUUACUUUCUUGCGCAGAAAUUUCUGUCCAGGUGCAAAAACCCUCUCGGGAACCGAAAUGUAGAAACUGCAUGCACUGAAAACAAUUAUAAUCGGUACAAUCGGUACACCACGAAACUAUACCAUACACUUUCUGUUCUCUUUCUUGUUCUUCACUGUUCAGCAAUAACGCAAUUUACUGCAUCAUCAGCACUUGCUACGUGCUCUCAUGUAACGUUUAUUAAUAUUCCUAUUGAGUUUAUGUGAGACUCGAAGAAGGAGGUUUCGACAGAAGUCAGCCACACGGUGAACGUGUGUGAACACUCACAUUAACGCUAUUCAUCACUGCCUGCAAUGUCUGCUAACUGAACGCGUGAGAUGCACUGUACAUUGAUACCUCACCGAGUAUAUCACCUCCGCUGUUCACAUUGUAAAUGCACCCGAAACGAAAGCUGCUUAGACCCGUUAAGAGAUCUAUGCGAUGUUCACUUAAGACACGUCAUAGUAUUUUAAUACGAGUUCCGCUUUCAGUGUUAGCAAAAGGGCUGAGAAAAGUGGGACUUUUGUUGUUACUGUAAAGUUGACGACAGUUUUAAAGAAAUUUAAAGCUUUAUUACGCAAGAGAUCUAGUUGUGUGAAGUCAACUCAUCAUUCUAAAAUGAGUGGGAAAUUCGUUAUUCUGAUGAUAAACGCUAAAUGGGUUAUUUAUCUAUAUCAGUGUCAGUAUCUUUUCCCAAAGUACUAGUUCGGAAAUGUUGCGUCCGUGCACGUCGUUGGGCUCCCGUGUAAUUGGAGCUAGACAUCGUUAGCAGCUAGUAGUUCUUGUAAACGUUAAAUGCACGCGCAACACCAAUCCGCUCAAACAUUAACUUUUCAGAACCUAAGAAGCACAUGUUAGAGACACCACACAGCAACGCAUAUUAGAAAACAACGUAUUUUCUUUAAGUUACACCGUUAUUUGUAGUAAGGGCGUUGGAAACUGAACGAGAAAAGUACAAAGUAAGAAUAAGAACUAUUACUACUCAGUACUAGAACGAACAAUCAAGAAGAAUAGUAAAUCUGCUUCUUGACAAGCGUGAACUGCAUUUAUUUUUUUUUAAUUUAUUUUUUUCUUCUGUGGUUAUUGUUCUGUAUAGUCUUCGUGGUAUCUCUGCUGCUUGGCCUGAUCUGCUCAAUAUAUUGCUGUCCUCUUGAUAGAGAUACACAAAAAUUUGUCACUGAUAUAGUAUUUUACGCGCUUGUUAGUAGUGAUUGUGGUUGCCUGUCGGUAGUUAGUGUUGAACGACUAUACAGCAAACUUGAACUAUUAUAUAUAUACAUACAUAUAAUCACCUGUUUUAUCAUUCCUGUAAAGAAAAAAAAAGACAAAACGUUGUAGCAUUGUCACCUCGUUCAAGAAUCAUGCAUCUAAACCUGUUAGACAUCAUGUCGUUAAGUCAUCUAUGAGUAUAUCGCGGGCCUGUUGUUGAUAUUGUGUACUGGUCUGUUGUUAGCCCCGAUAGUAAACU